AUGACCCGUGUGAUCAUGGGUUUUGCUAUGAUUGUAGGCUUUAUUGCUAUUCUAUAUGGUGGACAUAUGUAUGCAUGGGGUUUUGUAGUUAUCGUCCAAACGUUAUUAUUUCGUGAAUUAGUCAAUGUUCGCUAUCGAGCUGCAGCUGAGAAGAAUAUUCCGUGGUUUCGAUCUGUUCAAUGGAUGUGGUUUAUUGUCGCAUUAUUUUACAAUUAUGGUGACUCCUUUGGUGCGUUUAUUGAGAGCAGUAAGAUUCGUUUUGUACCACCGGCCUUUGUGCACUAUCUACGGUAUCACACGUGGGUCUCGUUUAGUUUAUAUGCACUCCUAUUUGUCAUGUCAGUACUGAGUCUGAAGAAAGGAUACUACAAGUAUCAAAUGGGACAAUACACAUGGACAAUUGUGACGUUGGGUCUGAUUGUCUUCCAGAUGAAAUACGUUGUGACCAAUAUCUUUAACGGCCUGUUCUGGUUUUUGUUCCCCGUUUCGUUGGUCAUUUGCAAUGACUGUUUUGCUUUCUUCUGCGGAAAACUCUUUGGCCGCAAGUUCAUCAAGACACCGUUCUUGCUGUUAUCUCCAAACAAGACAUGGGAGGGAUUCAUUGGUGCUUUUGUGUGCACGAUUGUAUACGCCUUCUUUUCUAGCGCUUUUCUUUCGCAGUAUUCAUGGUUGACCUGUCCAGUAGAGAGCUUUGAGUUUAAGCUGAUUUCCGACCCGCUCACGUGCACUCCUCGUGACGUAUUCCUCCCGCACCUGUACGACGUUCCAGCCUUCGUCGCACGUAUUAUCGGUCAGAGCCAGAUUCAGCUACUCCCGAUUCAGCUCCAUUCGUUCUGGUUUGCAAUUUUUGCAUCGGUUGUAUCGCCCUUUGGAGGAUUCUAUGCGUCGGCUAUCAAGCGCACUUACAACUUAAAGGACUUUGACUCGGUCAUACCAGGCCACGGUGGUGUCAUGGACCGGAUGGAUUGCCAGCUUAUCACGAAUUGCUUCACUACAGUUUACUUCAAUACUUUCAUUUGUUCGCAGACCCCAUCCGUGACAAUGAUUCUGAACCUUGUGGCUAAAUUGACAAUCGAGGAGAAGAACGAUGUGCUCCAUGCCAUCCAAGAAAUGCUUGAAGGCUAA